AGAUCUCCCACCGAGUGCACUCUUUUUUUUUUCCCCCCUCAUUUUGACUAUUGUGAAAAAAUAACAUAGCACUGUAAAGCUUCAAGUGGCUAUCUGAUCCAUUUUUUGGAUACGCAUCUCCUAUUUUGGAAUUACAAUCAAGCCAUGCCAUUUUCCUGCAGCUAAACCGACCAGUGACUGUGUCUUGCAUCGCAUAUUUGCAGAUUAAUUCAUUUUAUUGGAGCUCUGGGAGCAUAAUGUAUACAUUAUGGAUUGCCACUGCCAUAUGCUGUGCGUUUUCCUCUCGGGGCUCUGCAGCACCCAAGUUCCUGGCUGCAGAUCCCCAGCAAAGGUCUCAACUUGAAGAAAGCAGCGCAGAGCAAAGCGAGGUGCUGCAGGAGGAGAUACAGAGUCAAGAGAACAUCAUCUCUAAGUUGCUGGGUGAUUAUGACAAAGUGAAAGCCCUCUCAGAAGGCUCUGACUGUGGGUGUAAAUGUGUUGUCAGACCCCUGAGCCGGAGCGCCUGCCGGCGGAUCGCGGAGGGCCGCGCCGGCGCGCAGGAUUUCUACACCGUGGAGACCAUCACCUCCGGACCGGGGUGCAAGUGCGCAUGCGUUGCCCCCCCGUCAGCCGUCAACCCCUGCGAGGGAGAGUUCAGGCUGAAAGCACUUAGAGAGGCUGGAAAAGACAAUAUCAAGCUUGCCAACAUCCUGGAGCUGCUGGAGGGCUCCUUCUACGGGAUGGAUCUGCUGAAGCUGCACUCCCUCACCAAUAAGCUCAUUGACCGCGUCGAUCGCAUUGAGAAGGUGGUGUCUCCGAACUUCACCGAGGAUGCAGUGAUACCUCAGGAGAGUCCUCCCACCAAGCCACAGGUGACCGAAAGGCCACCGACUCCUCUUCCUCCACAGUAUCAGGACAAGACGAGGCUUGAUGAGGUCGACAGAGCUGCAGCGUAUCAGAACCCAACGGAGAGGUACGGAGGGGAAACUGUUGUGGAAAAUCCACCUCUCCUACAAAUGGAUGACUCUGGGAAGGUCACUGAAGUCGGAUCUAAGAUGACGAAAAGCACGCCGAACAAGGAGCCUUCUGCGAAGACUGGCCCCAAUGGAAUGAUCAUCAGAGGGAUGACUUUUUAUAAAUCUGAGCCAGAGCCCAUGGUAGCGGAUGAUGGGGAGCCUGGAGAGCAUUUCUUUGAAUAUUAUGGAUUCAGCGGCGACGGUCCAGUCAACCUCUUCGUCGAAGAGAAUCUUCUUCUACACAAAACCCCUCGGUCAAGGGCGAGAGCAGGACGGAGAUCAUUUCAACCACAAACAAAAGCUCCUGUGCACAAUUCUGACAAGAUCAGCCAAUCAAUAGAAGCAAAUGAAACUGAGUCCGUCUCAGAAACUCGCAACAGAAUCAUGAGUGACGCUGAAACCAUGUCAGUGGAUAUGCCUGCAGAUGCACAGAGAAGUGUCACAUUUGGGCCUACAAGUGGAGAACCCAGUGGGAACACAGCGCCUCAGACUACUCAAGAAGUGACUCCAGAAAUCACAACGUGGCAAUUUCCUUUGAAUGUUGAACCAGUAACCCCUCCUCCAAGCAUCACUCCCAAAGAGACAACCCAAAAGACAAUAAACACAACCCAACCAUCUGACGAUACAGCCAUAAAAGAAGUGGUAGCAGUAUCCACACCAGCAAAUACACCCAUGGAUGAGAUCAAAGCUUCCAGCCUUAAUCCGAGAAACCAAACACAAACGACACCUGGCAGCACGGCAUCUCAUCCAACUGUUCUGACACUAAACCCUACAACAGCCGAAACAACUACCAGCUUUAUGUCCACAACAGCUUUAACAACCCGCGCCGCUCCGGUACAGCCCACACCUGCUGCCUCGGCACGGACGGAGGCCACAGCCCCACGAGAAGAAAUCAGUUCCUCUUCCGUUUCAGACUCGGCGAUGCCUCGCAGCACAUCUCUGCCUGUUGCCACAGCUGUGCCUACCUCCUCCCCCGCCACCAUCAUUACCACCACCAGAAAGGCUCCUGGAGUCAAACAGAAAUACAAAAUCAGCUGGGAGGAGGAAGAAGGGGCAGGAGGACACCUGGAUGUCGAUGAACCAAUGCAAAGGGAAGAGGAGUCAUCACCGAGGAAACCUGGUGAAUGUAAGGACACUUUGGCGACUAUUUCGGAGCCAGUCACUCAUAACACCUUCGGCAGGACAGAGGGAGCGUGGAUGAAGGACCCCAAGUCUUCUGACGAUAAAGUUUAUGUUACAAACUUCUACUAUGGAAACAACCUCCUGGAGUUCCGUAACCUGGAGGUUUUCAAAAGAGGCCGCUUCACCAACUCCUACAAGCUUCCUUACAACUGGAUCGGCACGGGCCACGUGGUGUACGGGGGGGCCUUCUACUACAACCGAGCCUUCUCCAGGGACAUCAUCAAGUAUGAUCUGCGGCAGCGUUACGUGGCCGCCUGGACCAUGCUGCACGACGCCGUGUUUGAGGAGUCGUCAUCGCCGUGGGACUGGCGCAGCCACUCGGACAUCGACUUUUCUGUGGAUGAGAGCGGCCUGUGGAUCAUCUACCCGGCGCUGGAUGACGAGGGCUUCUUGCAGGAGGUGGUGGUCCUGAGUCGACUGGACCCGUCAGAUCUCAGCAUGCAGAAGGAGACCACGUGGAGAACCGGGCUGAGGAGGAACUAUUUUGGAAACUGCUUCGUUGUAUGCGGCGUCCUGUACGCCGUCGACAGCUACAAUCAGAGACACGCCAACCUGGAAUAUGCCUUUGACACGCACACAAACACUCAAAUGACUCCCAGAAUGCCUUUCAUCAACAACUACACUUACACCACGCAGAUUGACUACAACCCCAAGGAGGGUGUUUUGUAUGCGUGGGACAAUGGACACCAAGUCACGUACAACAUUAAGUUUGCCUAUGUCGACCCUUAGUGAGGGAUUAAUAUUCACUUUUAAUUUGAACCAUUUGAAUGGAUUGUAGAUCAGUCCACAUGGUCUUCAGCAUUGAAACAGAUGAGGCAAAAUGUAUAUAUACCCAUCAAGAUGUUUUUAAAAUAAAUGAAACAACUUUACAGAACACAUCUAUUUGUAUUUACUAAAAGUAUCUGAGCAGGACCGAUGCUUAUGCAAAGAAAAAAAAAACAUUACUUUCAAAUCCAAGACCCCAUCUUUCUGUUUUAUAGAUUACAUUCACCAUUUUUCUUUUAAUGCAUGUCACAGGUUCUCUGCCUUUUGAAAGAAAACAAUACCUCCAUUCCAGAGGGACCGACCCAUUCAAGGUCAGAAGUAUUAAUGGAGGAUGUUGUCUGUGUUUGACUAAAGAUGGUACAGGAGCAUCAGUUUACGAGGAACACUUGAGGACAGAAGGUACUACUGCACAAAAAUACUACAAACAGCCAAAGAAAGUGGAAAAGCUGUAAUUACAUUAACACUGUCUGGAAGUAAAUUGAGUCAAUGUGGAAGAGACUACCGGGAAUAUUUAAUCUAUUGUACGUGAACAAGAAUUAAAUGAAUGCAGUAACACAAUUUCCACCAAGAGGGAAACGAACAGGAAUCUGUAGAAAAAGUCCAGUGUUUAUUUUAGUUUAAGCAAUUUACAGAACAUGGAGGACCAACAUUCUCACAAUUAUUCAUUCUGCAUUUUCUGUAAGGGUGUCCAAACUUUUGUCUGGUAAUGUAUUUCUUUAAAUCAAUAAGGAGAACACAUAAAGAAGGCCUGUAAGUGAACAACACAUGAUUCCUGUGUAAUUUUUAAAGGGGCAUCUUUUGAAAUAAAACAAUCUUUUGUAAAAUCCUCAAGAGAGGAAAAAAAGAAAGCAAAGCAAUUUCAGAAUAGUAUACCGGUACAACAUUUCAACAACAUAUCCAAAGCUGGCCAGGAAUUACUUCAGAUUGAAAAUGUAUCACUUGAUAUUAAAGUUAUAUCCAUAUUAAUGUAGAUGGAACGCAUAAAUAUAAACAACUGAGAGCCAAAACUGAGCUUUCUAUAUUUAGAGUGCAUUAUUUCAUUUUUAAAUUAUUACAUCAAAAAUCUCAAAACUUAGUGGUUGUAAGUCAAGCAUCAGCUCAGCUGUUCAAGAAUUUUUUUUCAGAAUCAAAGAUAAAGAGAUGCUUUUAAAGGAUAACAUUUCCAGAAGCCCAACCAGUGAACUAAUAAAAAAUCUCCACAUAGUCUAAUUAUUUCUUAUUUUAUGUACAAUGCAAGAGUUUUCUGUUGUCAAUUAGAAUAAAAACUUCCACAAAACA